AUGCCUGACAUUCAUGAAAAGCGCAAACUUGAUUCAGAUGAUGAACAACCUGUCAAGCGGCGGGUGAUAGGGCCUUCACUCCCUCCAGAAGCAUCAGCAGCUGGAUCUGAUAGUGACAGUGACGAAGAUGAUUUUGGGCCUAGUUUACCUCCUCCACCUGGACAAGCUUCGUCUAUUUCACAAGAGCAAUCUCAGGCUUUAGAAUCAGCGGCGGUGCCCCAGCAGAUUGAAAAUUCGCGUGAUGAUUGGAUGCUUCAUCCACCAGAGCAAAGUGACUGGGCCUCCAAGAUUGACCCAACUCAGUUACGAAAUCGGAAAUUUCAAACUGGCAAGUCUGCGCGCUCAUCCACUUCCAAACAAAUCGAUUCAUCUUGGGUAGAAUCUCCAGAAGAGAGAAUACGACGGCUUGAGGACCAGGUAAUGGGUGUUGGUAAUGCCAAAGACCACAUCAAUAAAGUUGAUUCUUCCAGCACCAAGGCAGCCCACAUCAAAGCUAUGGAGGGAAUGAUCAAAAAAUUCAAUAAUCAAAAGGAGAAGAAGAAUGGCCAACUAGAAAAGCCCGAAAAGGCUACUAAGGAAGAGGAUGAUCCAAGUGCACGCGCCUUUGAUCGUGAAAAAGAUAUGGCAAUAUCAUCCAAGAUCUCUAAUGCACAGCGCCGCGAUAUGGUGAAUCGAGCCAGUGGAUAUAGUUCGCGGUUUACCAAGGGUGAUUUUUUGUAG